AUGUCAUUGAACACUUCCACUGCAGGAAAAGGUGUGGAUUCAAACACGGUUGACACUUAUGACAGUGGCGAUGAUUGGGAAAUCGGUGUUGGGAAUUUAAUAAUUGAUUUGGACGCUGAUUUGGAGAAGGACAGACAGAAAUUUGAGAUGAAUAAUUCCACUAAUACCACCAGCAGCAGCAACACCAGCUCCAAAGAUUGUGGGGGUCUGGCUUCCAGUGGGGUUAAUGCUACCUCAGCCUUAGCUGAUGGCCUAAAAUUUGCUUCUGUUCAGCCCUCUGCUCCCCAGGGGAAUUCCUCUCACAAAGAGACUAGCAAAUCAAAAGUGAAAAGGAGUAAAACUUCUAAGGAUGCUAAUAAAUCUCUGCCUUCUGCUGCCUUGUAUGGGAUUCCUGAGAUCAGCAGUGCUGGCAAGAGGCAGGAAGUCCAAGGGCGCCGUGGAGAGGCAACUGGAAUGAAUUCAGCACUGGGUCAAAGCCUGAGCAGUAAUCCAAAUGGCAAUAAUAACACCACCAGCAACACCACCACCAUUGCCUCUUGUGGGAAAAACAAAGAGGAGAAACCAGGUAAAGCCCCAGGCAGCAGAGGCUCCAAGCGGGAUAAGGAUGCGGGAAAAUCCAGGAAGGACAAGCAGCAUGAUCUGCAGCAGGGCCACCCCAAUGGCAGUGCAGGUGGCAGCAGCCAAGCUCCCCCUGGGCACCUCUAUGGCUUCGGGGCCAAGGGAGGCAGUGGUGGAAGCAGCAGCCCCUUCCACUGCACCUCCUCUACGGUGGGGGAGGUGACCAAAAGUACCCCGGAUUCAGGGUUAAUGGGGAACUCUAUUUUGGUAAAGAAGGAAGAGGAGGAGGAGGAGAGCCACAGGCGAAUCAAGAAAUUGAAAACAGAAAAGGUUGAUCCCCUGUUUACAGUGCCUGCACCUCCACCUCCGAUUUCCAGCAGUAUCACACCUCAGAUUCUGCCUUCCUACUUUUCCCAAUCUUCAUCCAAUAUUGCAGCACCAGUCGAGCAGCUUUUGGUACGGACUCGUUCAGUGGGUGUAAAUACUUGCGAGAUUGGAGUAGUAACAGAACCUGAAUGCCUUGGACCCUGUGAGCCUGGGACCAGCGUGAACUUGGAAGGAAUUGUUUGGCAUGAAACUGAAGAAGGUGUCCUAGUGGUAAAUGUUACAUGGAGGAACAAGACUUAUGUGGGAACACUCCUGGACUGCACAAAGCAUGACUGGGCCCCUCCUAGAUUUUGUGAGUCGCCAACAAGUGACUUGGAAAUGCGCGGAGGACGGGGCAGGGGAAAGCGGGCAAGGUCUGCUGCAACUGUACCUGGGAACGAUGCAAGCUUUGCAGAGUCCAGAGGACUACAGAAUAAGAAUCGAGGUGGUGCCAAUGGGAAGGGGAGGAGGGGCAGCCUUAACUCAAGCGGGCGCAGGACACCCCCAAACUGUGCCAUGGAUGAAGUCAAAGCAAGCUCCUCAUCCACAAACAAGAGGAAAACUAAGCCUCCAAUGGAGCUAGAUUUGAACUCCAGUUCAGAGGACAAUAAAUCUGGAAAACGUGUUCGUACUAACUCUAGAAGCACUCCUACCACCCCACAGGGGAAACCCGAGACUACUUUUUUGGACCAAGGCUGUUCUUCUCCAGUGCUGAUUGAUUGUCCUCACCCCAACUGCAACAAAAAGUACAAGCACAUUAAUGGACUACGAUACCACCAGGCUCAUGCACAUUUAGACCCAGAAAGUAAGCUGGAGUUUGAGCCUGACAGUGAAGACAAAAUUUCAGACUGUGAGGAAGCAUUGAGUAACGUGGCACUUGAAUGCAGUGAGCCAAGCACAAAUUUGCCAGGCUUUGAUCCACUAAAAGCACCAAUAUCUCCUUCCUCCAUCACUACCCCAGGGACUCCCAAGGGAAAAAGGGAACUGACCAGCAAUGGCCCUGGUUCAAUUAUCAGUUCCAAAACUGGCAAGAAUUCUGGCAAAAAGAAGGGUCUCAACAGUGAGCUGAACAGCCUUCCACUGAUUUCUAACAUGGCAGCCACACUAGAUAGUUGCUCAGUAACAGAUGGCAAUUUGCAAACUGAAAUGCCAAAGUUGGAGGCUGAGGGCUUAAUUGACAAGAAGAGUUUAGGUGAUAAAGGCAAGAAAGCGAACAAUUGCAAAGUGGAUAAAAACCUUUCCAAACUGAAAACAGCCAGGCCCAUUGCACCAGCACCAGCACCAACUCCUCCACAAUUAAUAGCUAUACCUACUACAGCCUUUACAACCACCACUACAGGGACAAUUCCGGGACUGCCCUCUCUAACAACUACUAUUGUUCAGGCUACACCAAAGAGUCCUCCGCUAAAACCUAUUCAACCAAAGCCCACAAUUAUGGGAGAGCCAAGCACUGUAAACCCAGCUCUCACAUCACUCAAAGAGAAAAAGAAAAAGGAGAAGCGAAAGCUGAAGGACAAAGAAAGCAAAGAGACGGGAAGUCCCAAGAUAGAUUCUAAGCUGGGAAAGCUGGAGGAUUCAAAAGGGUCUGGGAAGGACUUAUCUGGACAUUUUUUAAAGGACCAUCUCAACAAGAAUGAAGUGCUAGCUAAUGGACUGUCAGAGUCUCAAGAGAGCAGGAUGGCAAGUAUUAAGGCUGAAGCUGAUAAGGUUUAUACGUUCACAGACAAUGCACCCAGCCCUUCCAUAGGGAGUGCCUCCAGGAUGGAAUGCAGCACUUUGGUGAAUGGACAAUCUGGCAUGGCACCACUGCAUGUGUUGACACAAAAUGGUGCAGACAGCGCGGCCACUAAAACCAACAGCCCCGCUUACUCGGAUAUUUCUGAUGCAGCCGAUGAUGGUGGCUCUGACAGCAGGUCAGAGGGCAUGAGGUCAAAGGCUAGCUCUCCGUCGGAUAUUAUUUCUAAUAAGGAUGGUGUUGUAAAAGGCCAUUCUUCAACUACAGCACAAUCGACUCAAGCGAAAGAGUCCCAUUCUCCCUAUUACCAUGGCUACGAUCCUUAUUAUUCCCCAAGCUACAUGCACUCUGGACAGGUCAGUGCCCCAGCAGCUGGGAACAGCAGUACCCCACAGGGGCUGAAGAUUAAAAAGGAGGCUGAGGAAGAGGCUGAAAAGAAGGAGAAGACAGAACCCUCAGAUGCCAAGAAAAGUGAAAGCACUUCCUCUAAUUUGCAGCCACAACAUCAGUCAGUAAUAACGCAAAGACACCCUGCACUUGCUCAGUCACUUUAUUACGGACAGUAUGCUUAUGGGCUCUAUGUGGACCAAAAGUCCUUAAUGGCCUCUAACCCUGGUUACAGGCAGCAGUAUGAAAAAUACUAUGAGGACCAGAGACUAGCAGAACAGAAAAUGGCACAAACUGGGAGGGACUGUGAAAGGAAGAAUGACCCCUCCAUGAAGGAGAUUGGGAAGGAUGACAACAAGCAGAAGAAUAUUCCAUCUGCCACUAUUUCAAAGGCCCCUUCAGUGCCAGAGUCCAGCAAAAAUAACACUAAAAUAGGGCCAUCAGUCCCUAACAAAGGCGAGGAGACAAGCAAAUCACAGAUCCUUUCCAAUCACCAGCAGCAGCUUCAGUCUGACAGUUUUAAAGCCAAACAAAUGGAAAACCACCAGCUUAUAAAGGAAGCUGUAGAGAUGAAAUCUGUUAUGGACUCCAUGAAGCAAACUGGAGUAGAUCCAACCACAAGAUUUAAACAGGACCCAGAUUCACGAACAUGGCAUCAUUAUGUCUAUCAGCCCAAGUACCUUGAUCAACAAAAAUCAGAAGAACUUGAUCGUGAGAAAAAGUUAAAAGAAGACAGCCCUAGAAAAACACCUAACAAGGAAAGUUCCCUGCCUAACCUUCCUGUCUCAUUAGCAGCCAUUAAAGAGGAGCCUAAAGAGGUCAAGCGUUCUGAUUCGCAAUCAGUGGAUGAGAGCAAGAUAAAAAAUGAUGAUCGAAAGACUCCUGUAAAUUGGAAGGACUCUCGGGGUGCUAGAGUAGCAGUUUCCUCACCAAUGAGUCAGCAUCAGUCAUAUAUCCAGUACUUGCAUGCUUAUCCUUAUCCACAGAUGUACGAUCCCAGCCAUCCAGCCUAUCGUGCAGUCUCUCCUGUCCUAAUGCACAGCUAUCCUGGGGCCUAUCUCUCUCCAGGAUUUCAUUAUCCAGUUUAUGGGAAGGUGUCAGGAAGAGAAGAGGCGGAGAAAGUCAAUACCAGCCCAAGCAUCAAUGCAAAAUCAACCACUGAGUCCAAAGCACUGGAUUUGCUCCAGCAGCAUGCUAACCAGUAUCGCAGCAAGUCCCCCGUUCCUGUGGAAAAAUCAGCAGCUGAGCGUGAACGGGAAGCAGAGAGGGAACGAGACCGUCACUCUCCAUUCAGCCAGCGACAUCUCCAUACGCACCAUCACACACAUGUUGGAAUGGGUUACCCCCUUAUACCUGGACAAUAUGACCCAUUUCAAGGAUUGACCUCUGCUGCCCUUGUUGCCACUCAGCAGGUGGCUGCGCAGGCAUCUGCAUCUGGUAUGUUUCCUGCACAAAGAAGGUAA